AUGUUCAAAUAUUUGUUGGCUUUACUGUUAACCAUCGGCCUUGUAAUAGCUCUGGCAAUAGCAAUAAUAUUCAAACUUCUAAAAAAGCCUUUUCAAAUAAUGAAGCUACCGCACCUUGCAUUCAAAAAUGUAAUCAAUAUUAUGGAUAUUAAUGAUGUAGUCACUAUGGCUCAGACAUCAAAAAACGUUCGACAUAGAUUGAAACUUGUAAAUCGUGAAAUUUUCAACGUAAUCAUUGAAUGGCACGCAGACUUUUCGCUCAAAAAAAUUUUUCCCUAUUACCAAAGAAUAAUUGUAAUGGAAACAGAAAGAGAUAUGAAAUAUGUAAAUCAAUUUAUGAGGCACGAAUACAAGGAAUCGACUGGGCAACCCGCUUCGACGUCAAUUUUUAUAUUAAUUUCUUCUGCACGCACUACAAAAACAUGAACAAGUCUCCAUGUCUGUUUUUCAAAACGUCACAAGAGUUAAUCAAUAUUUUGAAUUUUUUGAAUGAUUCGUUUUUAAUUGAUCAUGUCGAUUUGGCAAUAGAUCGUGAUCAACUCUAUGGGGAAUUUCGAUCCACGUUGAGUCAUUCAUUAUUUCGGAAGUGCCAUUUUUUCAAACUUCUUGGAGAUGAUUCGUGGAUUAGCACAGAAGAUAUGGAUUUUAUAUUAAAUCACUUUGACUUAAAAUAUGGUUUCUUGACUCGUUGUUUACAGAAACGGGAGUUCAACCGGAAACUGGGAGGUGCUAUUGAAGUUGGAUGCACUGUACUAUGUUUUUCACUCUAGUGGCUCAAUAUUCCCCGAUUGGAUUUCAAUAGAAACCCAGAGUUAACAUUAAACGAUUUGAAAAUGAUGAACUUCGAAAAGAUCCGAUUAUUUGAUUGUUCAAUCCCGACGAUACAGCUCAACGAGUACAUUUAUUACUGGUUAGCCGGCAAUUUGCCGAAGUUACGAAGAUUUCAAUUGAACUACUGGUGGAAUCAGUGGACUGAUGAUUUAUUGAGUGGUUUACCGCAUUUGGAAUGGAAUCCAAAACACCGAGCAAGAAUCUACUGUGAUGAUCUCGAAGAAGUGGAUUGUUCAAAAGGACGAGAUAUCGAGAGAAGUGAUGGUCUACUCGCAACUAUUUUAAUCGAACCCAAUGCAAUGUACUUUCUCGUAUGUCAUGAUAGAUUCCCAACGGAUCCUCGAACAUUGUUUAACUUUUCUGAUUCUGUAUCGAUUCCAAUUACUGAUGAUUGA